AUGGAUGGGUUUCGAGAGAUGGUGGAUUUUUGUUCUCUUUUUGACUUCAAGGCAGUGGGUCCAAUGUUCACUUGGUCGGGAAUUCGGUGGGGAGAGUUGGUUAAAGUCCGGCUUGACAGAUUCUUAGUGUCUUCCGAGUGGUUGGACUGUUUUCCAUGUUCCCGUGCCAUCAACCUUAAGUCGAACCAGUCAGACCAUCUGCCUAUUUUGAUUGAGAUUAGGAGUAGUCGGUCACAAAAGCGGAGGAGGAAACAAAGGUUCCACUUUGAAGAAUGUUGGCUUUAUGAGGAGGAGUGCAGGAAGAUGGUGGAAUUGGGUUGGUCUAGUGGGACAGGGACUAAUCCCUUUUCUACUAUUUGUAACAAGAUUGCAAACACUAGGGAUGUUCUGUUGGAGUGA